CUCUCCUUCCUGUGCGUCCGUGCUCUCUCAGUGAUCUCUCCAUUCCCCGGCUUGUAACCUACUCCUUGGGGCGACAUGGCGAGGCUCCUCCUCUUCGCCGCCGACCACACCGCCGGAGCACCCGGGGCGGCGACUCUCGUCCUUGUCAUCCUCGUCGUCCUGGUGGUGGCGGCGGUCGUGGUGUCUCUGUGCACCAGCAGCACGCACGAGAAGCUGUGGGGGCAGCAGCGCGGGCCCUCCUCGUCGGCGCCGCUGGCCAAGGCGGACAGCAGCGUCGGCGCCAGCAACCGGAAGCACCUGCUGUCGGCCACGCUCAGCGGGAUCGGCGGCAAGGCGGCCAGGAUGGUGUCGUGGAACAGGCGCUCUCCGUCCGGCAGCAGCGACGACGACGAGGAGGCGGUGGCCGCUCUGGGGCCGGACGACGACGAGGCCGUGUGGAGGAAGGCCAUCAUCAUGGGGGACAAGUGCCGGCCGCUCCAGUUCUCGGGGCACAUCGCCUUCGACUCCGACGGCAACCAGCUGCCCCAGCCGCCGGCGGCAGUCAAGAAAGCCUCCCCCGACGUCCCCGCCGAGAAUUAAUCAGCAUCUCGAUUUGUGACCCCUGGAUAAUUAAGCUACAGUAAUCCCAUGCUAAUGAUGUCACGUCACCUCGA